CCCUCCCGGAAGCGCGGGGCGGGGUCCCCGGCCUGGCUGCGGAGGCGGGCGCGGGGUCCGGGUGAGGCAGGACGUGCUCGGCGCUAGCGGGUUCUGCGGUUCGUACGCUCCCACCCGGCUCCGGGCUGCCGGUCUCCAACCAGCAGCAGUGGUAGCGGCGGCAGCCCCUGCCCCGCGCCCCUCGCAGCCACUCCCCGGCGCUGUGCAUGGAGACACCGUCCACCACUUGCCGCUGAGCCACCGUUUGGCCCGGGACCCGCGAGGGCUGGGUGGCCUCGGGCUUCGGCCGGUUCUGCCGAAGCCAGACUACUGAUUGGCCGGCUACCUCCGCCGUCCGGAGGCUGCGUGUGGCUCGCGGGCCUCGUCGCCAGCGUAAGUCGGCGCAGCCCGGCCGUCCCGUCUCAGGAAGUGGCCGUCCUGACCGCCAUGGCUCACUCACCGGUGCAGUCAGGCCUGCCUGGCAUGCAGAACCUAAAAGCAGAUCCAGAAGAGCUUUUUACAAAACUGGAGAAAAUUGGAAAGGGCUCUUUUGGUGAGGUGUUCAAAGGCAUUGACAAUCGGACUCAGAAAGUGGUUGCCAUAAAAAUCAUUGAUCUAGAAGAAGCUGAAGAUGAGAUAGAGGACAUUCAACAAGAAAUUACAGUGCUGAGUCAGUGUGACAGUCCAUAUGUAACCAAAUAUUAUGGAUCCUAUUUGAAGGAUACUAAAUUGUGGAUAAUAAUGGAAUAUCUUGGUGGAGGCUCUGCACUAGAUCUAUUAGAACCUGGCCCUUUAGAUGAAACUCAGAUUGCUACUAUAUUAAGAGAAAUACUGAAAGGACUUGAUUAUUUGCAUUCGGAGAAAAAAAUUCAUAGAGAUAUCAAAGCUGCCAAUGUUCUGCUCUCUGAACAUGGAGAGGUGAAGCUGGCUGAUUUUGGAGUGGCGGGACAGCUGACAGAUACCCAGAUAAAAAGAAACACCUUCGUGGGCACCCCUUUCUGGAUGGCACCCGAAGUCAUUAAACAGUCAGCCUAUGACUCAAAGGCAGACAUCUGGUCCCUGGGCAUAACAGCCAUAGAGCUUGCAAAAGGGGAACCACCUCAUUCUGAGCUGCACCCCAUGAAGGUUUUAUUCCUCAUUCCAAAGAACAACCCCCCGACGCUGGAAGGAAACUACAGCAAACCCCUCAAGGAGUUUGUUGAAGCCUGUUUGAACAAGGAGCCAAGCUUUAGACCUUCUGCCAAGGAGUUACUGAAGCACAAGUUUAUAAUACGCAAUGCAAAGAAAACUUCCUACUUGACUGAGCUCAUUGACAGGUACAAGAGGUGGAAGGCUGAACAGAGCCAUGAAGACUCUAGCUCUGAAGAUUCUGACACGGAAACGGACACAGAUGGCCAAGCAGCUGGAGGGAGUGACUCGGGAGACUGGAUCUUCACAAUACGAGAGAAAGAUCCAAAGAGUCUUGAGAAUGGAGCUCUUCAGCCAUUGGAUUUAGAAAGAAAUAAGAUGAAAGACAUCCCAAAGAGGCCUUUCUCUCAGUGUUUGUCUACAAUUAUUUCUCCUUUGUUUGCAGAGUUGAAGGAGAAGAGCCAAGCGUGUGGCGGUAACAUGGGGUCCAUAGAAGAACUGCGAGGGGCCAUCUACCUGGCAGAAGAGGCAUGCCCUGGGAUCUCGGACACCAUGGUGGCCCAGCUCGUACAGCGGCUCCAGAGAUAUUCUCUAAGUGGUGGAGGAACGUCAUCCCACUGAAAUCCCUUUGGCAUUUGGGAUUCUGUUUUUUCUUUCUUCUUUGUCCUCUUCCUUCAAAAAAGUCAAUGAGAGCCUUUGCUGACUUUGCUGAAGAUACGUACCCCCCAGCUGAGGCUGCCUGUUCAGGGCCACGGGUCCCUCUUCACUAGGUCCUUGGCCAGAUAAGUCUCUAGAUGGGAUCGAGAGGGUCCGCCCCUUCAAGUGAUAAUUUUAUUUUAUUAUUCUUGUUUUUAAUUUUAACCAUAGCACACACAUCAAGGAAAGUAUCUUUAAAAACAAAAAUCAAACCCAAAAGUGUAUAUUUAGGAUUAUGAAAAGGCAACUGAAGAAAUGAAACCUCAGGUAUCUGGCUUUAAGUUGUAACUCCCCUCCCCGGGAGAUGGAGAAUCGCUCUGGUGGAUCAGUGUACAGAUUUGUAUAUAGUGUCAUUUUUACAGAAACCUUUUCAGCGUGCAUAAGGAAUCACUGUGUACAAAUUGGCCAAGUGCUUCUGUAGAUAAUGUCAGUGGAGUAAAUAUUUGACAGGCCAUAACUUGAGUCUAUUGCCUUGCCUUUAUUACAUGUAAAUUUUGGAUUAUGUGACGAGUGAUUGGGGUUUUAUUUUGUAUUUGCAGGGUUCAUCAUUAAUAAUAAUUAAUGCCCCUCUUAAGGAACCACUCCUAUUUGUACCUCAACAAUUGAAAAUUUUCGUUUGCCCUCCAGCCCUUUUGGUACACUUAGAAGUUGAUUUCCUUUUUCAUUGAUGGUACUAUUUCUUAGUGUUUUAAAUUGGAGCAUAUCUUGUCUCAUGAAGCUUUAAAUUAUUAUUUUAAGUUUUUCCCCAGUGAAGUGCUCUCAUCUAACAUUUGUUUGGAAUUGUUCCACUGCCAAUCCUGCGUCAGCUGUACCAUUCUUUCCUGUAUGAUUUUGUUGCACCUUGUAGUGAAAUUUGCAUAUCACCUUUCCCACCUAAAAAUAUGUGAAUGCUUCCACGAAUAAAUUUUAUAACACUUA